UAGCUGAGCUAUGUGUUGUCAAAAUAGAACCUGAAUUAAUAUAACAAAUAAAAUUAUUACAUAAAUUAUUUUAAAUAGUACUGUAUGAAUCCUAUUUGUAACAUGCAUAAAAGCAGUGAUAGUGCUAGUUUAUAAAUUCUCCUCUUGGGCUUUCAAUCACUUAGUUGUGUAGUGUCGCCUAGCAAAAACCAUUUUCGGUAAUGAUUAUGAUGUUUAGUUGAAAUGGAUAAUACUUGGCACUCAGAAUGGGUACUAGAUGGACCUAUUGAUCAGGAAAAUGCGUCCACUUGCUUUAAAAAAACUAUUACAUGCUAUAGAUAUGAAGGCAACGCUGUGGACAGUCCUAGCAUGUCCAAAGAUGACUCCCUGGAAAGUUGUACAGGAGAACAUGCCGAGAAAGGUGAUGCUAACAUAGCAAAACCUACAUUUAAAAGCAUAUUGCAGGCCAAAAAAAGAUUACAAGCCUUUUCAGUCACUAAGCAGUUGAAAAGAAAUUCUAAAGAUGAAAAGACUGAAGAUUUAGACAAGUCUGACAAAAUGUUACCAAAAAAGUCAAAGAAAGCAUUGUAUCCAUUGGAUAAGGCACAAGCUGUGGUUCAGGAAAUUGAGGAAAUAAAGCAGAAGGAAGCACAAGAGGCUCAACAAGAGAAGAAAAAAAUUGACGCUAUUAUGGCAGUAGCUUAUAAAACUUUGGCUUUAAAAGAAGCCCUUCGAGUAAGGUCCAGAUCUCCAUCUUCAGAACGGGAGCAACAAUUCAAAAAGAGAGAAAUAAAGAGCCGUAAUUACAGACGUUCCGAUUCAUUCAAGCGGCGGUCUGUAUCUCCAGAUAAUUACUCCAGAAAAGCUGGGAAACUGGUGUAUCCAAGAAAUUGGACGGAAUAUAAAGAGAAUGGCAUGACAUUUGUUAAAGACGAGGAAUUGAAAUCUAAAAUUUUUCCUAAAAUAAAACUUAACGCUCACGAAUUGAUAGCAAAGGUUUUAACAUUCGACGGCCCGUCCCCUCUCAUAGAGUCUUUUAAAAGUCUUACUUCAGAAGAGAAAAUUGAAAACAUACCGAUGUCCUUUUUGCGGAUUACAAGAAGUAAACCGACGCUUACAUAUAGUGUAAAUAGCAGGAAGAACAGAGACAGCUUCGUGACCAGAAAACAGCUGUUUCAUGUAAUACCCAGAGACCGUAGAAAUGCCAUAGAAAAAUUAAUCAAUUCCGCAUCGUCAAGGUCUCAGUUUCAGAGUAGGACUUUAACAAGUCGUCUUUGGUACAGCAAAUCAUGGAAAAGAUCGGCAGAUGCAGAAUGUAAAAUAUUAGAAAAUUCUGUAGGACUGUCAUUCCUUCAAACUUAUUCUGAUGAAGAAGAAGAAAACGAUUUUGAGGAAAUUGUGAACUUUAGCAACACAAAAGAAAAUGAGGCAAUUCCAGAACUCGAAGCACCAAUAAAAGAAGCAACUUUAAACCAUCACAGCGGGGAAACGGAAUUCUCUGCUGCCAAUUCGGAUAACACCAGGAGGGAAUUGGAGGAGAGGGACACUCUAACACCCGAGGAGAAGCCUGGUGUACUGGAAAACAAGCAAAAGGAAGAAAUAUUGGAAGAAGUUAAAGUUCACCAAAAAGAAGAAGAGCAGAGAAAAAAACGCAAAAAAGAAAGGUCUGAGGAAAAUAAAAAAUGUUUGAAAGAAAAAGGGGAAACUGUUGAAAAGACUGUAAGACACAGCGACAAUGUAAAAUCGGAAGAGACGAAAAAGAUGCAGAAGGAGAAUAUUCUGGAAGAGAUAAAAAAGAAAGAAAAGGAUGAGCUGAGCGAAACUAGAAAGGCUAUCAAGGAACUAGAAGAGGAAUUAGAGAGGAGAAAGGCAAUCAGAAUAGAGGAAGAGAAGGUGACGAAGAAAAAGAAGAAAAGGAAAUCAAAAAGGAAAGGGACAAGUUCAGAAUUUGAGGAAGAAGAGAAACCAGUUAAGAAAAAGAGAAAAAGAGUAAACCCAAAGAAAAACAAACACAGCACGGAGAGUGAUGUAAGCAGUUCCGAAUAUGAUAAAACUAAAAAAUUCAAGAGGAAAAGUAAACGUAGGAAGCACAAGAUUACAAAGAAGAAAAAUAAAGCAAAGAAAAUGAAACCACCCACAAAGGAAGACACGAUAAAGAAGACAGAAGAGAACGAAGGUAGCGAUAGUGAUGAGAGAAAAAAGAAAAAAUCCGAAAUUGAAGUCGAUUGCGAGAUGGCUAGCGCAGGGACCGGGAAAACCAAGAAGAAAAUAAGGGGUAAGAGCAACGAAAAUUUAAACCUUGAAGAGUCACAGGUUAAAAAGAAAAAACCUCCGAGGCAAGACGAUGAGGACAGUAAGAUGAAAACAGGUAGUUGCGAUUUUCUUGAAGAGAUUCAGCUACUUGAUGAUUUGGGAAGAUCCGAAGAAAUAGGAACAGACAGGAGGGGCAGUACUAAACCGAGAUGGAAUAGUAGAGAACAUACGGAUAAGCAUGAAGGGGACAGCGAUGUGUGGAGCGAUAGAAGACAGAAAGAUUCAAGGAAUUCUAGGAACAACAGCGAAACUUCCACAAAAUCCUACGAUUGCUUGAAGAAACAGAGAGAUGUGGAAACGAACGAUGACAGGAAACGUCCCGAGAAACCGAAAGACAAGUAUAGGUACGAGGAAGAACAACUAUACUACAAAAUGGAAACGGAGCAGGAGAGAAAAUCAACCAAACAAUUAGCAAAAAAUGAUAAGUGCGAGGCCGGCGACAAAGCCGCUAGCAAAAACAGAAGAAGUAGUGAAGAUGUAGAGAAGAAAAUCGUGCCCAGAGAAAGGGAGGAAUCUAGAGAUAGACGACACGGCACGAAGUCCGAGACGCAGCAGGAAAGUAAACGCAAAUUAGGAUCCCUUUCUACAAGAAAUGAACCGGACUGGAAAAAUUUGAAAAAUAAACGAACUCGGUACAGACAUAAGGACUAUGACAAAUCGGUGGAGAUUUUCCCUAACGAAUUCGAGGGUUUUCCGCUCGAGGAGGAUCUGUACUUUCCUAAAGAAACAAAUAAAGACAGCGGGAGAUCCAAGGAUGGCGGUAAGUGCGAAAUUGGCACCCCCGACACCGAGGAGUACCGGGAGAAUUGGGAAAAAGACUCUUAUCCGAUUUGGGAAAGUGAUGAGGAUGCGCCGAUAAAAGCGAGAGAGAAAUUGAACAGUUCUUGGGAGAGCGACGAGGAAAUCUUCGAGAGAGGUCAUCAAAUUACGGAGAAGUCUCGCCCUUUGGGUGACACCCUCACCCUCGACCUGGAAAUACCACUGAACAUCAAACCGUUCAAGAGGAGGGAGGUUAUCGAUCCCGACGCAGAACUGCGGUUGCUAAAGAGGCAAAGUUUGUCACUUAGCGAGGAACGGAGGAGACUGGAGAUCGAGAAACUGAGGGUGAAGGAAUUGGAACUUGAGGUUGUAAAGGAAGUGAAGGGCAAGGUGAGGGCGGAUAAGAAACCCAAGCGAAGGCGAAGUAAGGACAAAGAAACCGAAGAAAGAGAAAGUAUGGACAAGAAAAGAGACGCAGUCAUAAAUGAUUGCCUCGAAAAUGAAGCGGUGGCACGCAAAAAGGGAAGAUGGGAUAAAAGGAAUUCUUCGCCCAAGAUGCCCAUCCCAAAUCUGGAGUUAAUCCAUAAGAUAAAGAAAGAAGUAAUAGAUGACGAGGACAGUUCCACAAACGUUUCUAGUUCCACUUCGAUUAAUAACUCUGCAAUUUUAGAAAACGAAUACGAAGAGUUUAUGAAGGCAUUGACUUCUUCUCCAAAAAAACCUCAGAUCAAAAAUAAAACGAAGAAGGAGGAAUACAUCUCUGACACGCCCCGUUGCUUAACUCCAUUGUCCGGAUGUGUCAAGACGUGUGCUACCGCGACACCUGCAGAUAUUGAGAGUUCCGUUAAAGCGCAAGUCACAAAGAAUGUUUCAGACGAGGUGGGUGAGCAUGUGCCCAUCAUCCCCACACAACACGCGCCACAAAUCGUGACUAUUCUGCCUAAAGAUAUCCCUUUAAUCCCUAUGCCCUUGCCCAAGGAGAUCAAACCUGUGCCGGUUCCCUCGCCCCAGAUAGAAAUCGACAAAAUUCCGAAACCGUUGAUUAACCUCAGUUUGUCCGCCAACAUAACAUUGGAUAUCGCUCCGAAAUUCACUACGCCGCCUGUGGCCUCCCCCGCUACUGCCGCAAAUGCCCUUCAGGCAUUGGCAACACACUCACCGAUUGUACAAACACUCGGGAAAAUCGCUUCGGAGAAAGACUCUGCCUCUCCUUCGGCGGAUACUAGUUUGGAUAGUUUUAAGGAGCAAGUCAACGAAAAAAGUGAGGUGGAAAAAUCGACAAGUAAACCAUUCGUGUUCACCAGCAUGGUACUGCCCAGCAAGCGACUUCUGAACAAUUCUAACCUUAACUUGGGCGAUUCGGAUGAUGACGAGAAGCUCGUGAAGCCAUUGAAAAAACUCGAGGAUAUUAUGGAGGAGAGCAAAAGCGAUGGCACUAAGAUGUCUUCUGAUAAAGAUAAAAUGGAUACGGAAGCGGAGAAGGCCGAAGUAGAUACGGAUAAAGGCAAAGAGGCCGCUAAGGAUACCAGGAAACACGAGAAGAAAGAGCAGGCUCGUUCUAGGACCCCUCAAGACAAAGAGGGUAGAAGGAAAAGAAGUCCUGACAGGCACGUGAGGAGAGACGGGUCCCCUAGGAGGUUUUCACGUGGUAAACGGGAAAUUUCACCUAGAAGAAGAAGCAGGGACUCGCCUAGGCGUAGAGGUCACUCUCCUAAGAGGCAUUCACCAAGGAGGAGGUCUCCAUUGAAACGGAGGUCUCCAGGCAAAAGGAGGCACUCUCCCAGAAGCCCUUCUCCUAAAACUAGAAGACGAAGCAGCAUCUCCCCCAGACAAAAAUCUUCGCCUAGAAGAAGCCCUUCGCCAAAAUUCAGACCGAGCUCUCCCAAGAAGGCUAAAUCGAAAUCACCCGAGAGACACUCUUUCAAGUCUCUGUCAGAACGAUCGGUCACAAAAUCGAAUAAACCCAAAUCUCCAGUCACAUCACCUUUGGAAGGCUUAAAACGCAGUGUCGCAGACUCCACUAUAUCGGACGAUCUGCUACCUCAACCCAGUAUGAACAUUGAAGAAUUCACCCAUUCACCCGUCACGCAGUUCUACGAUAGAACACUAAAAACUUUGGAGUCUCCCAAGAGGGAAUCGUUGGACGUGCGAAUCGACCAGGUCCUGGGAUUGGCAAACGAGCAACCACAGCCCAUCCCCACCACUUACUCUAACUACAAUUAUAAUCAGUUCGCUCAAUUCAACAAAGUGGCGGAACCUAAGAGCAAUCUGGUAUCCAUUCAGCAAACUUUCGGUAAAAUCACCACGCAGCAAUCGAAGAGUAACUUUGUGCAAGUGGGGAAUAUGGUGCAGAUCUUGCCUACGGAAGAUAUGACGAUGAUUCAGGCAGACAAGACGUCCUCUUGUCACAUAUCUACCAUACAUUCCGACCUCCCGCCAGUCCCGAAGCCUGUGGUUAAGAAUGAAAAAUCUCAAAUUGUUCAGGUUGGUAAUAUGCUGCAAAUCGUGCCGGCCGAUCUACCGCUCGAGCCCCCUCUCCCCGCUGAGCCCAAAUCGGAGGUUGAGGAGCAGACUGCGCCUGCCUCCAGCCCCCCCCUUGUUUUUUAUGAGAAACAAUCGGCCGAAUCUACCAUGAGACUGAAGGUAGCCGAGCGCAGAGAAGAGAGAGAGAAGAGGAGACAGGAGAGGGAGAAGCGACGGAAAGAGAAAGAGAAGAGGAGAAAGGAGAAGGAGAAACAGAGGCAGCUGAGACUGAAACAGAGGACAGAGAAUAUGAUUAAGAGAGCCCUUGAACUGGAAGCGGAAGGUCUGGAAGAGGAACGUGAUGAGAGUAUCGUAAAUGAAGCUCCAACUCAGUGGCCGCCUCUGCCGGCGCUUGUCUCUUCCCUUCCUUAUAAGGAGGCGGGCAAGGGUAUUCUGGUGAGGGCGAGUGUCAAGGGUGACUUGUCGCGAGUGGAGAGAAGGAAGGUGGUGCAAUUCGCCGACGGGGUGAGACCCGGGGAGGGGACGUCCCCCUCGGGAGGAGAGGAGCUGUCAUCGCCGCCACCCAGGAAGAAGCUGCCCAAAGAAAAGCGCUACAAGAAGACAAAAUUGCAGAAGAAGAACCAAAAGAAGAAGGUCAAGGUAAAGAUAAUAAAGAAACGCCCCGAAACAGAGGAAUCGGACGAAGAUGACGGCCUCCCGCCUCCUUCGCCCCCGCCAGGCUCCCCCCCACCCCACAUCUUCCCCCCCAGAAUGAAACCCCAACCACAGCCGGCUAUAAAUAACAUCCAGCCUUAUCUGCCCAACGUAGUAUCUAUCCAGACGAGUCACAGUCACCAGCAAUUGUUCCGGUCGCCGCAGCUGAACCUCAUCAUGCACCCCCACCACGGACCGCCGCCUCCGCCGCACCACCACGUACCUCCUCCGCCGCCCCACCAUCACGGGCCACCUCUUCCGCCCGGGCCGCCCCAUUUCCAUCAUGGGCCACCGCCGCCGCCGCCGCAUCACCAUGGACCACCGCCGCCCCCACCGCAUCACCAUGGACCCCCGCCGCCACCAGGAUUGGGCAGGCCAAGGCUUCCACCCUUUUUCCCACUUAGACCUAGACCUCACCAUCAUCAUGGUCCUCCUCCGCCUUUUCACCGUUAGCAUCCGAAACCGUACAAUCCUUAAAAAAAACCUUAUAUGUGAAAGGGCUACAGGAUUUCUGUAUAUAUAAUUAUUAUGUGUAUACUCUCUUUCACUAAAUUAAGGAAUAGGCAUAUAUUUUCUUUUUGUAUUGUUCGAGGAAGAUCCGUGUUGGAUUUUAUAGUUUUUUUUUAUGUAUGGAAAUGUGUAUAAAUAAAAUGUUUUUUUUUUUACUUAA